UCGCUGAAUUGCAGCGCCAGCGACGAAAACAUUGACGGCGAAAUCAUGUUAAAUGACGUGUUUUUCCGCAAAAUUUCCCAGAUUCCCCAAGAACAAGGACUGUGAUUAGACCAAAACCUACGCCUUUUAAUCCAAAGCAUAACCCAAAGACAAUCAUUUAUCGGUCAUCUACAAUUUGACCGUAGAGCAGCAAAAAUCACAGGCAGAUUAAACUAUAGGCGACCCGCCCGUCUCGUGUGCUGUGCACGUUGCCGAACAGCCAGGACGGCAGUGACCAUGAGCACUGACUGGUGAGCAACACAAGCAGUCAGUCGCAACUCGUAGCUGCUUCGGAGCGCACACACGCACCAAACUGAGGAAAAUGCGGGGCGUCCAGGAACUGCCCCACUGUCCCGUCACUGUCGAGGAGAAUGAUAUCAAAAACGGCGCCGCUGAAGUGCUCAAGUUCAUCCGGCCCAAAUGGCAAAAGGACCAAAUCCACUUCAAGAUGUUCACAGACGGAAUUACAAACAAACUAGUUGCGUGUAGCUACAAGAGUGGAGAAGAUUUAACAGAUGGCGACGAUGUUGUUCUAGUUAGAGUUUAUGGUGCCAAAACUGACCUCCUGAUCGAUAGACAAGCGGAAACAAGGAAUCUCAAGGUUAUGCACAAUGCUGGCUAUGCUCCUCGCGUGUACGCCACCUUUGAGAACGGCCUGGCCUACGAAUUUGUCCCCGGAGUGACCCUGAACACUGAAUCGUGCCACUCAUCCCUUGUCUUUCCCCUCGUGGCGACCAUGAUGGCCAAAAUGCACAGACUGGAGUGCGGAGAGGUGCCCCAGGAGGCUAUGGCCUGGAGCAAAACCAAACAGUUUUUGCAGCUUGCGCCGGACGUGUUCUCAGACCCAGCCAAACAAAAAAUUUUUGAGGAGCUCAAGAUACCCAGCAAGAGUGAUUUGUCCAAAGAAUUCGCCAGCCUGGAGGAAAACCUGAAGCAGCUCAACAGCCCAGUGGUUUUUUGUCACAACGACCUCCUUCUUGGUAAUGUAGUGUAUAAUGAGAAGAGGAACUCUGUCACCUUCAUUGAUUACGAGUAUGCUGCUUACAACCAUCAGGCAUUCGACAUUGGCAACCAUUUCAAUGAAUUCGCAGGUGUGAGCACUGUGGACUAUUCCCUGUACCCUGACGAGGACUUCCAGCGGGCCUGGAUCAGGGUGUACCUGAGCGAGUACAAGGAGGGCGCAGAUGUGAGCGACGACGAGGUCCAGAAGCUUUUGGUGCUGGUUAACAAGUUUGCGCUGGCGUCGCACUUCCUCUGGGCAACCUGGGCUCUCGUUCAAGCUGAACACUCGACCAUUGAUUUUGAUUAUUUGGAGUAUGCAAAAAUGAGGCUCAAUGAAUACUUCAAGCGGAAGGACCAAUUUCUUUCCAUGGAGUGAAACCUGAGUGAGAAGUCACCUGUGAAAUUAUUGUAGUGUGAUCUGUUGUACCAAGUUAGGUUGUAUCAACAAUCAAGUCAUUUUCACCCAGUUAUAACUAGCAUUCCCGGUACUUAACCUCUUGAUCUGCAGGAGAUUGAUCUGGUUGAUUUCAUUUAGCGGCAUUUACUUUGAGCUUUUUAUUUUGACAAGAGCUUUAAUCCAUUGUUGUGACUAUUUAAGAGGCAUUUUAUUCGAAUCCUAUGAAUGUAUAAACACCCUCAUUAAGUUUUAGUUUUUACUCUUUAACCAAUGAUGGUUGAAAUUAUUUAAUGUACGUUUGGCUCAAGUUACAGAUGGAUUUUUCAAUUAAUUGUUGGUUGCAACCCUCUUUUGAGACUUUUAUUUGAACAAAUUUUAACCGUUGAUGUUUAAAUAUACAUAAUCAUGCUGACUGCUGAUGCAGUUAAUAGCAUUACACAAGAAAACUCUUCCGCAAAAUUGUUCCAAGAAACAGUUACUGAUAUCACCUGUUCGUGAAAAGUAAUUUAAAUUGCUAUGUAUUUUGAAAACAUUGUUCGCAGUGGAUUAAUAAAGCAGUAAUCAUUUAAA